AUGUCACCAAGCGGAAUUGAGAACGGCGCCAAGUCCAAUGGCAUCAUCGAGACAGAUCUUGGAGUCGUUCCCGUUCCUAAGGUGGAAGGUGACUGGACGGUAGAUAAGGCGGUUAAUACUAUCGGCACCGGGAAGUACACCGAAAGCUCCAACUCCCCAAUUGGCUACUUCCAUCUGCUCGAGCGCCUCAAGACUACCAAGCGUGAGGGAUGGAGGCGGUUUGACAUCAACCGAGGAGAGUCAAUCUCAGACCACAUGUACAGAAUGUCCAUGAUGACCAUGCUCGCGCCUGCCUCCCUUGCCGAGAAAAUCGACGUCAACAGGUGCAUCAAGAUGGCCCUGAUCCACGACAUGGCCGAAUCCCUCGUCGGCGACAUCACCCCAGUUGACAACGUCCCAAAGACGGAAAAGAACAGGCGCGAAGCCUCGACUAUGGACUACAUCACAAAGCGCUUGUUGGGCAAUGUCGAUGGUGGAAAGCAGGGCGAGCAAAUACGCGCCAUUUGGCAAGAAUACGAGGACUCCAAGACGCCCGAAAGUCUCUUUGUCCACGACAUUGACAAGAUCGAACUACUUCUGCAGAUGGUGGAGUACGAGAAGCGCGGAAAGGGCAAGCUUGACCUGGGCGAGUUCACCUUUGUCAAGACCAAGGUCGGACUUGACGAGAUGAGGGCUUGGGCGGAUGAGAUUAUCCAGGAGCGCGAACAAUUCUGGGCCGGGAAGGAGCAUAUCCGUCGUGACGGUGGCGAUGAAGGAGCCAUCACCAAGCAGAAAGAGGUGAUGCAGGAGGCAUACUAUGCCGGCCAUGGGCGGAAGGAGUAG